AAAUCGACGCGUCCGCUUUCCCUUCCCUACCUGGCGCGAGUUUUAAAAAAAAGCAAUUGGAAAUUUAAUUAUCGAAUGCGAAAAUAUUUCUUUCGAAUUUCAAAAUACGUUGUGUUUUAAAAAAAAAUGUGUUUGUUCGAUUAGCUUUUAAUUCUUUUUAACGUAAGAUUAACUUUUGAAUUCAUUUACAAGUGACAAAUUAAUGAAAAAUGUGGAAACAAUUGGUUGAUUAAUUCGAUAUUUUAUCUCCUGCAUGAAGCCACAGUGCGAUGAAGCCUUUUAUAAAGCAGGCAUUCGUGGUGAGCGGUGCGGCGUUGAACAUAGCUGGACAUGGAUGUGCGCACGGCUAUCCUGCUGUAUUGUUCGCGCAGUUAACCAGGGACGGUGGGCCUGUCACGCUGACAGACCAUGACACAUCAUGGAUUGCGUCUGCAGUCGGCGCGAUGGGCAUCGUGGGCAACUUCAUAUCCCCCAUCCUGAUGACCAAGUUCGGACGUCAGCGCGCACAUCUCUUCUCCACACUUCCUGCCCUUCUAGGCUGGCUGGUUUUCAUCUUCGGAAACUCCGUGCCACUGUUCAUAAUCGCUAGACUCCUACAUGGACUUGCCUUAGGACUUAGAACACCAUUAGCAGCUAUUCUAGUCGCAGAAUACACAGAUCCGAAGUAUCGAGGCGCGUUUUUGGGAACAUUUGCUAUCUCCCUCGGAAUGGGAAUCUUCCUCUCUCACUUGUGGGGAGCCCAUUUAACCUGGAAGAUAACUGCAGCUGUCUGCUCGCUCUUCCCAAUCAUUGCCAUGGCUAUUAUAAGUCUGUCUCCAGAAUCACCAUGCUGGUUGGUUUCCAAAAGCAAGUAUGCUGAAGCACGAAAAGCCUUCAAAUGGGUCAGAGGCGAAGGUCCCGCACAGCAAGAAGAAUUGGAAGCGAUGAUAAACGCACAAAAACUGGAGAAAGCUGAAAAGAGGCCAGAUUACACAGAAACCCACGUUUGUAACAACAUUUUCAAGAAGAUCGUUGAGUCGAUCAGUUCCGUUGUGAAGAUUUUUAAGAAGAAAGAGUUUUACAAGCCUGCCAUUAUUGCUAUAAGCAUGUUGAUUGUGUUCGAAUUUGGGGGAGCCCAUAUGGUAGCAGCUUACGGAAAUAUCAUUCUUCAAGUGGUUUUGGACAAGAAGAACCCUCAAGACGUAGCGUGGCAGUUCACAGUGAUAGACUUACUAAGGACAGUGUGUGCAUUCUUAGCUAUAUUCCUAUUGAAAUGCUGCAAACGAAGAACUAUUUUGUUCUCAAGUGGUGUCAUGACAGUUCUCUCAAUGACAUCUAUUUCAACCUUCGUAUAUUUAAGAAGAGCUGGCGUUUUUACUGCGCCAUGGAUGUUAGAUGUUUUACCAAUGGCGUUAAUGGUUCUGUACACUUUAUCAUUCUGUUUAGGACUUGCUGCAUUGAAUUGGGUGAUAUGUGGUGAAGUAUUUCCCUUGGCUUAUAGAAGUUUAGGUUCAACACUUUCCACGUCAUUUUUGACACCUGCUUUUGUGAUUUCAAUGAAAACUGCACCAUAUUUGUAUUCUUCUGUGGGUGUAGAAGGUGCGUACCUAGUUUAUUCUGCAAUUUUAACAGUGUUCCUAAGUGUAAUGUAUGUUUUACUGCCUGAAACUAAAGAUAGGACGUUGCAGGAUAUAGAAGAUAGUUUUAAGGGUAAGAAAAGUAAUGAUCCUGAAGCGCAAAUGAAACUAAUUAUAAAAGAGGAAGGAGUUGUAGUAAGUAAAGAAGCUAGUGAUAAUUUGUAUUGAGCUUUGAAAGUACCAAAUGAAAUAUAUGAAUAGGGAUUAAAUUAGAUUUAAAAACAGGGUAUAUUAUGUAUCCAAAUCGAAAUACGAUUAAACAAUCCAAUAAUUAGUUAUCACUAUGUAUUAUUUCUUUAUUAAAAUGUUUAAAAUGAGACGAAUGAGACAAAAAUCCACAACUACAAUUAGGAUUUGCAUUUUAAGGCAAUAAUUAUGUGAUAGAAUCAUUUGUCAGAUGUAUCGAUUAAAUCGUAUACGACAAAUCGACUUUCGCUCAAAGCAAUAAGUUUUCUUUUGCGAAUAUAAGAUGGCGCUAGGGGCGUAAGGUCCUAUUAGUUGAUUAGUCCAAUCACAAGUUGACUGACUAAUGACUUGGAAUUCGCAAAUAUUCUAUUGGCCAAUAGACCGUAAGCUAUACUAGUCUCUCUAGCGGCGCGAACACCCUCAUUGCAAUAUCUUAGGUAUACCUUAUGACAUACGUAAGUACUUUUUAGUGAGAUUUAAAUAUAGGUAGUUUAUACGUUUCCUAUCCAGUAUACAUUUAGGAAUAAAUGAAUAAUAAUUACGUAAUAAGUAUUUAGACCAAAUAAUUUUAAGAAAAUAUUGUACAAAUAAAUAUA